CAAUAGAAAAUCGAAACCUACUGUUUGUGUUGUGCGCAUGCGCUAACAUAUGAAAGGUGGAUUCGGCCAUUUUGGAAAACGCGCGACAAACAACAUUUUACAUAUGAUCAAUUCAAUGUUCCAUUAAACAUUCAAAAAGUUUUCAUUCAGUAACACAGCUAACCAUGUCAAGAAGAAGUGAUCUGGAUUGCAAGAUCUAUGUCGGAGACUUAGCACGUGAUUGCAAUGAAAAGGAUGUAGAAAGAGCUUUCAGUUACUACGGCAGAUUAAGAAGUGUUUGGGUAGCCAGAAAUCCUGCUGGAUUUGCUUUUGUGGAGUUUGAAGAUCCAAGAGAUGCUGAAGAUGCAGUAAGAGGUUUAGAUGGCACGAGUCUGUGUGGUUCUCGAAUAAGAGUAGAGCAUUCCACAGGAAAGGUACGCCCAAAACCAUGGCUGAGAGGUGGCCGAGGUGGGGGAGGAAGAGGUGGCAGACGACCAUUCCAUCCAGAAGACAGAUGUUACGAAUGUGGAGAGACGGGCCAUUAUGCUUAUGACUGUCCAAGACAUAGAAGUGGACGUGGCAGCAGGAGAUACUCUAGGUCACGAAGCAGGUCAAGGUCACGUGGAAGGAGGAGUUACACCAGAAGUAGAAGCAGGAGUCGUGAUCAGAAGAGAGGACGUGACCGUAGUCGCGACAGAUAUGCUGGACGAGACAGCCGCAGCAGAGACAGAUAUGUCAGCCGUUCUCCAUCACGAUCCAGAUCAAGGAGUGCAGCUAGGAAUGACAACUAGAACCCUCCGGACAUUCCCCACCCACUGUAGAUCAUCCACCCCAUUACUCUUCAUGAACAGGGCAUUUGUACAUACAUUCAUGUCAUCACUCAACACUUUAUCAGCUGACAAGACUCAUCUCAUUGUCUUUUAUAAUAAAACUGUGAAGAAAAUAACAAAACUAAACAAAAACAUGUGCUCAUGCGGAGGACAGAUUAUGUCAAUGACAUUUAACUUGGGAUAUGUGACUUUAAUUAUGUACUUUAACUUGCAGAAGAAAAGGACUUUUUUUUUAAAAUACCUUGUAUUUUAUAAAUAAUCACAUAAAAUUUUGUUGUAGUUUUGAACUUAAUAUUAUAAGGCAGGAAAUUUUAUAUUUUAACAAAAAGAAGUCUUUCCAGGUAGUUCUUUAUAAAUUCCAAUCUAAGAAUUCAUGUAUAUUGUACACAUUCAUACUACACCUGUUUUAUACUUCAAUUAUUUUAAUCAUAACAUUCAGGAAAAAGUGUUACUGAUGUUAACUUGUAUUUAAAUUGUUUCUUUGAUUAGUGUUUUGAAGUUGGAUCUGUUGAAUAUGAACAAAUUAUGUUUAUUAUGAAUUCUCUACAUUAUUAUAUUGUAUAAAAGAAAAAUUUGGGUAAGAUUUUUGUUACACACUGCAAGUUCAUGGCAAUGCCUGUAGUUUGCCUGUAUGUUACAAAUGGUUGAGUAUUUUAAACAUUCUGUUGUAAUAUGUUGAUAAUUUGGUACUGUGUAUGAUUCUUUACUUGGAUUUCUUUAAAUGGUUUUGAAUAAAGUGGAAGUUUUGUCGCAAA